AUGUCCUCAGGGUUCGUAUCAGCCGGGACUACCGAUCAGCCGGUCGAGCGGGACGACGAAUGGCUCAAAGUGCAACAGGAGCUGGAGGAGGAGCGGCGAAAGAAGGCCGAGAUUGGCAAGCAAAAUGACGGGAAGAGUCUAUUCGAGGUUCUCCAGCAGAACAAAAUGGCGAAGCAAGAACAAUUCGAAGAGAAAAUACGGCUAAAGAACCAAUUCCGAUCGCUGGACGAAGAUGAGGUGGAGUUCUUGGAUUCCGUGCUUGAGUCAACACGCGCACAGGAGGCUGCUGUGAAGAAAGACACGGCUGACCAGCUGGAGGCAUUUCGCAAACAACGUGAAGAGGCUGAGAAGACUGCCUUAGGACCCACGUCGUCGGAGGUUACGCCUGCGGAGGAAGAGGAGUGGACAAUCCCGGCGCGCAAGAGGCGACGUGAGAAGAAAGAUUUACUGCUCCCUGGCAAGAAGCGGAAGGAAUCUACCGAAGGCGAGGCUACAAAAGAGCAGGAGACGAAGCCCAGUCAAGGUACUGCACCGGUUACGAAAGCUCAAGAAGAGACUAUACCACCAACUGCACAGAUCUCCAAGGCGUCCGCGCCCAGCAUCGCCAAGACUGCGUCUGCAGGUACGGACAAGUCAACUACAGAAAAGGUUCAACCAGUUAAGCCAGCACCAUCUCUCGGGCUGGUUGGAUAUGGAUCUGAUUCGGAUUCCGAAUAA